UUUACAAUCCAGUAAACAGCUGCUAGUUAAAAAAAUUAUAACCCAGGAUGGUCGGACGUUGCCUUGGAGAAGAGGUGCGCGCGAAAUCCGCCUUUUUUUUUCAUCUGGAGAGGAGCAAAGCGGGGAACAGUGCAUGAAUUUACGCGCCAAGAGGAUGUAAAGGCUCGCGCUGUACCGUCGUCUGUGUGGCAUGCAAAUGGAGACACCAGGGAUAUGAGCGUUAACACUUCUGUAAUUAAUCAAUUAAGCAAUAGGAUGGUUGUUUUUUUUUAAUUAUGCAAAUAAAAAAAACGAUUAAACUGAUAAAACUAAACAGAUGAUGAUGAAGAUUAAAAAGAAAGACAGUUUGUCCACUGUUGUUUGAAUGAGCUGAGCUUGGAGGAGUAGUCGCUUGAGUUGGUUCCGGCAUGUCAGAAAACGUCUCGCGCGUCAGGAGCCUGAGGGAAGUGGGCCAUUCUGGCGCGCGCCCCGCCUGGGCCAUAGUGCUGCUGGCCAGCGUGCUCAUCUUCACCACUGUAGUCGACGUGCUGGGGAAUUUGUUGGUCAUCAUUUCUGUGUUCCGGAAUCGUAAACUGAGAAAUGUGGGUAACAUGUUUGUGGUUAGCCUGGCCUUUGCUGACUUGGUGGUGGCUUUCUACCCAUACCCACUGGUCCUGUACGCACUGUUCCAUGAUGGAUGGUCACUGGGGGACACGCAAUGCCAAGUGAGUGGCUUCCUAAUGGGCCUGAGUGUAAUUGGUUCAGUGUUCAACAUCACAGGCAUUGCUAUCAACCGCUACUGCUACAUUUGCCACAGCUUUGCCUAUGGGCGCCUCUACAGCUUCCGGAACACAUUGCUACUGGUGGCACUCAUCUGGAUGCUGACUGUGCUUGCCAUCCUCCCCAACUUCUUUGUAGGCUCACUGAGCUAUGACCCCAGGGUCUACUCAUGCACAUUCACACAGACAGCCAGCAGCUCAUACACAGUGGCAGUGGUGGUGGUGCACUUCCUGGUACCCAUUGCAGUGGUGACCUUCUGCUAUCUCCGCAUCUGGGUGUUGGUCAUCCAGGUCCGGCGCAAAGUGAAGAAGCAGGAGCAUGGCAGGGUGAGACCCAGCGAAUUGCGAAACUUUGUCACCAUGUUUGUGGUGUUUGUGCUGUUUGCCAUCUGCUGGGCACCACUGAACCUUAUUGGCCUGGUGGUGGCCGUGGACCCAGAAGUAAUGGCACCACGUAUCCCUGAGUGGCUGUUUGUGGUCAGCUACUUUAUGGCCUACUUCAACAGCUGCCUCAAUGCCAUCAUCUAUGGGCUGCUCAACCGGAAUUUUCGUAAGGAGUACAAGCGUAUUGUAACAUCUGUGUGGAUGCCACGGCGGUUUGUAUCAGAGACAUCUAGAGUUGCCACAGAUGGCCUGCGAAGCAAACCCUCACCAGCCAUCAACAAUGAGUGAAUACGAGACAAUCACUUUUCUCUCUUCAAAUGGGAAAUGAAGUUUAGUGAAAUGCUCACUUGAAGCCCAGCUUUUAUUUAAUGAGCAUGUCAUCACUUGUCAUUUGGGAAAUUUGUUUAUGCCUUUUUACACAGCUCAGGGUGCUUGUUUUCUUUUUGCCACUGUGAAAAGAUCAGGUUCAAAGCACUGUUAUUUUUUUAAAUCAUUUAUUCUGAAACUAUGUAUAUUCUACAGGGUUUGCUUUAACAUCAUUUCUGCUGGUGAUAUCAAAGAAUUUUGUCUCAUGCAUUUAUUAAAGAUGUUUUGGUACAUUUUUGUGAAAGUGCUGGAUAGGGUUUCAUUUGCAAAACUCUUAUGUUCAAAAUCUGACCUUGAAUAUAACAUUUCAGAUGUUGUAGAACUUUUUUAUAACUAAUGAAAAAAUGCUGAAACGUAUAUAGAUUGAUGUGUGUAGAGAGAAAGAAAUGGGGUCAAUUUAAAGGCAAAAUCUGUCGAAGGACUAGUAAAGCUGGAUAAAGCACAACUUUUAAUCUCCUCCUAAUGAUUCAGCCAAGAACAGUAUUAGCUUUUAAAACACAUGAAGGACGAGGAGGCUCAUCUAAUAUAUUCUGUUAGUCUCUUUUCAUCCAUACAUUAAAGUAAUUGGUAAUAUGUUGUGUUCCAGAAAAAUGUGCAUGACAGUAUUAUGUAAUCUUUUAUUACUUUGUUUAUCAGUUUGUGAAAAAUAAGCCACAGACAAAAACAUAUAAAGGUGAAAGAUUGACAGGAAAGAGGUUUUCACAUUCAGGAAAUGAGAUAUUAAAACCUGU